UUCUUGUCAUUGCCAAAGUACUCUCUGCUCGUCCUGUGCAUAGUUACAUACAAUAUAGAAAGGCGGUCCAGUUCGUUAGACCAGGUUCUGUGUGACUCUUCCAAAGUCUGACAAGAUGGUCGCAGACGAGAGACAGCCCCUCCUUCAGGCUGAUGUCACCGAGGUGCAAGAGACUAAGGUCGCAGCCAAACUGCCUGAUCAGUGGUCAUCGGCGUAUAGAUGGAGUGUCGUCGCCUUGCUAUUCGUGCAGGCAUUCACAGUGACAUUCACUUGCAUAUCCGUGGUCCCAAUUGCUGGCCACAUCGUUGCAGACCUCAACAAUGGCCAUAGCGACAAAUCUAGCAGCGUCCUCCUCGUCACCAUCUGGGAACUUGGCGAGGCAGCAGGCCCUCUCCUGAUCGCCCCUCUGUCCGAGAUGUAUGGACGGUACCCCGUGUUCAACGUCGCCAAUGUCCUCUUUAUCUGCGGCAUCGGCCUGAGUGCCUGGUGCCAGAGUGCAAGCCUUUUCAUCUUCGCCCGUUUCCUGACCGGAUGUGCCGUCGCCUCCAAUGUCCUCGGGCCCGCCAUCAUCGGCGACAUCUUCCCGUCCGAGCAGCGUGGAACUGCCAUGUCCUACGUGAUGCUUGCACCCCUCCUCGGUGGUGCCAUCGGCCCUGCCAUUGCUGGAACCAUCGCCCAAACCACCGGCUGGAGACAGGUCAUGUACAUGGCGCUCAUCCUUGCGAUUCUCUGCGAGACGGCGUUCCUGACGCUGUUCCGCGAGACGUACAAGGUGGUGAUCGUGAAGAAGAACCACGCGCUGCUCCGUGCCAACGGCAGCGCAGACGCCGACCAGGACGAAGAAGACGAGACCCUGAAGAAGGCCGUCCACGAGAUCGAGGAGUCCGCGCUCUGGGCCUCCAUCGUCCGGCCCAUGAACGUCCUUGCCAGCUCGUUCGUCCUGCAAAUCCUCUCGCUAUACGGCGCCCUCGUCUUCGCUUUCUUCUACAUCAUGUCGACCACUCUCCCCGACAUCCUCCAGUCCAAAUACAACCUGCCGCCUUCGCUCGUCGGAAGCUCGUUCUUGCUCUUCAGCAUCGGCUCCUGCAUCGGCCUCGUCGUCUGCAACACUCUCCUAGACCGCCUCUACAAGCGCGCCGCAACCCCCGCGAACCCCAAACCCGCGCCUGAAUCCCGCCUCCCCCUCAUGCUCCUCGCCUCCUCCAUCUUCCCAAUCUUCGUCGCCCUCUACGGCUGGGCCGCCGAGUUCUCCCUCAAGCUGCCCGUCUUCCUCACCUCCGUCGUCCUCCAGGGCUUCGGCCUCAUGCUCAUCGAACUCCCCGUCAUGGCCUACGUCGUCGAUGCGUUUGGCGUCUACUCCGCGUCCGCCAUGACCGCCGUGCUCAUCACUCGGUGCCUGCUGGGAACCUUCCUGCCGCUCGUCACCGCGCCGCUCGUCGCGGCCGUCGGGUACGGAUGGGCAUUCAUGUUGCUAGCUGCUGCGUGUCUGGUGCUCGCGCCCGUGAGCGGGCUAGUGUGGAGGUACGGCGGGAAGUGGAGGCAGAGGUCGGUUUACACGAGGGAUGCUUGAUCUCGUUCGCGUAGAGAUUCUAUAGAUAUAGAGUAUCACGUGUUGUUGCAUUUUUUUUUGCUGGUAGAUACCAAGAGCAAGGAAAGGGUUACGUGCAUCAUCGUCUCUGCGACGAAAGCGACAUACCGCAUUUUACGGCGUUCUUAUCUCCCUUUCCUUUGAUCAUCUGGAAGGGGAGGGGUUAUUUAAAAAAUUGGGGAAAAGGAAAAGGGA